AUGCCGAACUGCCACCGGCAGCCUCCCCGCGGGUGGGGGACCAUCUUCCUCCGCUUGGCACGGCUGCUGGUCGGAGCCCCCCGAGAUGUGGAGCCGGUGAAUGGCACAAGGACGGGCGCUGUCUACGCUUGUCCCCUCACCUCCUCCACCAGCGACUGCCAACGGCUCGACAUCGAGUUGAAGAAUGAGCCGGACAAAGCCAUCAUCGAUGACAUGUGGCUGGGGGUGACGGUGGCCAGCCAGCGGCAGCCGGCUGGGAGGGUGCUGGCCUGCGCUCACCGUUACACCAAGGUGCUGUGGUCGGGCAGCGAGGACCAGCGGCGCAUGGUGGGCAAGUGCUACGUGCGGGGCAACGACCUGCACCUCAACCUCAGCGAUGAGUGGCAGACCUACCACAACGAGAUGUGCAACUCCAACACCGACACCGACGAGACCGGCAUGUGCCAGAUGGGCACCAGCGCCGGCUUCACCGCCAACAUCAUCUACUUUGGGGCGCCCGGAGCCUACAACUGGCAAGGUACUGACUACAUGCUGCAGCGGGUGAUGUGGGACCUCCAUGACUUCUCCUACCCCAACAAGAAGAACGGCAACAUCUAUAUAGGGUACACGGCGGAGGUGGGCAGCGGGGUGCUGCAUCAGACAGCGGUGACGGUGGUGACGGGGGCCCCGCGGUACCAGCACAUGGGGGCCGUGUUCCUGCUGAGCCACAGCCCCCAGCAGACCCUGCAGAGGAGCCUCCUCCUCCCUGGGCACCAGGUCGGCUCCUACUUCGGCAGCGCCGUGGCCCUGGCAGACCUCAACAGCGACGGGUGGCAGGACCUGGUGGUGGGAGCCCCCUACUACUUCCAGCGCAAGCAGGAGGUGGGGGGCGCAGUCUACGUCUACAUGAACGAGGUGGGGGGCUUCCAGCUCAACCCCAGCCUGGUCCUCACUGGUCCCAGUUACUCUGCCUUUGGUUUUGCCGUGGCCAGCAUUGGGGACAUCAACCAGGACGGCUUCCAGGCCAGAGCUCGGCCCGUCAUCAACAUCUUGAACAAGAUCUUCACGGUGACCCCCAGCAAGGUGGACCCUGCCCAGUGCAACUCCAAGUCCUGCAUCACGGUGACCGUCUGCUUCGCCUACAACCAGAGCGCUGGGGACCCCAAGUACAAGGAGAACAUCACCCUGGAGUACACGCUGGAGGCUGACAAGGACCGGCACCCCCCCAGGGUGAGGUUUGGGGGGACCCAAUCUGCCACCUACCGCGGCACCUUCCCUAUGCCCAAGACCGACUGCCAAUCCCAGGAGCUCCUGCUGCUGGAGAACAUCCGGGACAAGCUGCACCCCAUCGUGCUCUCCAUGAACUAUUCCCUGAAGGAGAAGUCCAGGACCUUCCAGCUGGGUCCCGAAUCCCUCGACGCCUUCCCAGUCCUCAACCAGGACCAGUCCCACAAGAACGAGACCAAGGUCGAGUUCCAGAAGGAGUGUGGCUCCGACAACAAGUGCUACAGCAACCUCCAGCUCCAGAGCAGCUUCGUCACCGACCAGAACCAGUCCUUACCCAGGGUGAACGGUACCCAGGUGCUGCAGUACAGCCGGGACGUGCGGAAGCUCUACCUGAGCAUCAACAUCACCAAUGUCCCCACCACCCCUUCCAUCGGCGAGGACGCCCACGAGGCCCUGCUCAACGUCACCGUGCCACCCAACCUCCUGCCCUCCUCCGUCCGCCCGAGCGGAGCCUGUACCUUUGGGGAGACGGUGCUGUGCGAGUUGGGCAACCCUUUUAAGAGGAACCAGAGGGCAGAGCUGAUCAUCACCUUCGAGGCCAUCGGGAUCAUGCUGGACACGCGGGAGAUCUCGGUGUGGCUGGAUUUGUCCACGCAAAGCACCCAGGAGGACCUGCAGCCCGUGGUGGCCAAGCUGCUGGUGGACUACAGCAUCCAGUCCUCGCUGGCCAUCUGCUCCGAGGGCACCGCUCAGUGCAUCUGGUUCGAGUGCCCCCUGCUCGACACCCAGCACCCCACCACCUUCAGCAUCCGCGCCCGCGUCUGGAACAGCACCUUCAUUGAGGAAUACAGCAAUUUUGACCGGGUGAAGGUGGAUGGCACGGCCACCCUCUUCCUCCGAACCCACGUCCCCACCAUCAACAUGCGGAACCACACGGUGCGGUUCUCGGUGGAUGUGGACUCGGAGCUGACGGAGGAGCAGCCGGCCGAGAUCGCCCUGUGGCUGGUGCUGGUGGCGGUGGCGGCCGGGCUGCUGCUGCUGGGGCUGAUUAUCCUCCUGCUCUGGAAGUGCGGUUUCUUCCGGCGGGCCAACACGCGGGCCAUGUACGAAGCCAAGGGGCAGAAGGCGGAGAUGAGGAUCCAGCCCUCGGAAACCAAGCGGCUGACGGAUGACUACUAAGUUGGGGGGGGGGGGGCCAGCCCCGCUGUCCAUCCCCCCCUCCCCGGGGCGCCCGCGCCACCCGCUUGUGCCACUUCUUCCAGCGGACCCGUUACUACCGGAUCAUGCCCAAGUACCACGCCGUCAGGAUCCGGCAGGAGCAGCGCUACCAGCCCGGCGGCCUCCUGCCCCGCCGCCGCAAGAAACACUGGGUGACCAAGUGGCA